GGCGGUGUGGAGCAGGGCAUGACGGCGGCCGCACUGGCGGCGGCGAGGGAAAUUGUCGCCACUGCUGCCACUGCCGUACAGCCGACCAAGCUGCCCAGUCCUGCGCACCUAGUGACCAGCCAAAAGGCUCCAUCGCCACCACCCUCAUCGCCACCACCAGCAGCCGGAGCACCCGCAGCGGCCAUCGCCCCGGUGCCGUCAUCCUCCUCGCGCGCCCUCACGCCCGGGCUGCCCUGGUCCGCCCCCCUCCUGGGCUUCCGCUCCUCCUCCUCGCCCGCCCCCACCCCCCUGGAGCGCUCCUUCUCCUCCCGCGCCGCCGCCCUCGCCCUGCAGCGCAACCGCCUCACCCUCGCCUUCUACGCCCUCUUCCUGGCGGGCUGCGCCAGCAAGGCAGCGCAGCAGCUGCUGGCAGCCCACACACAACACCAGCUGCACCCCCAAUGCCCCCUUGUGCACGGAGACCAACACCUGUACGACAGCACCUGCACUACCAUGUCGUACGACAGCACCCACCCGCCGUACCCGUAUCCCUCCGCUUGGUGGUGGCUGCCCCCGCUGCUCGUGUCGGUGGUUCCUGGGCUGAGCAAGGUGGUUGCUGCGGGCGCGGUGGCGCGGUGGCGGCUGGGCGGGGCGGCGCACGACGCGGUGCUGGCGGCGGGGGAUGCGGUGCGGGGGCUGGCGGUGGUGGGGGCGCACGUGGCGGGGCUGGCGCACCCGCAGGCGUUUGAGGUGGCGGAUGCGGGCUUGCAGCAGGAGGCCCUCACCACGCUGUUCCACUGCAUCAUCCAGCCCGUCAUGGAGCAGAUGACCCACCCGCUCAUCUCGCUGCUCAACGCCCUCACCCUCUCCCUCAUGGAGGGCCCCCUGCUGUGGUCCCACCUGGGCAUCAUAGCGGCGAAACACAACCACCCACUGCACCACCUGCAACCCGGAGCAGGGGCAGCAGCAGCAGCAGGGGCGGCGGCGGCGGCGGAGACGUUCGGAGCUGGGCUAGGUACAGCUCCCGCCGGCGCAGCAGCAGCAGCAGCAGC